AUGGCGCUCUUCGCCUCCUCCGCAAGUUUGGCGCUGCCGGCGACGAGUCGAAGCGCCGCGGCUUCUGUCUCUGCAGAGUCCCAGCGCCUGUCUCUGUCCUCGGCCUUCGCCACGGCGGUGAGCAGCCAGACGCGUGUCCUUUUGAGCUCUCCGGCGACGCGCGGCCUCGCCCGCCGCGCCUGCGUCGCCGCCUCCUCAACGCUGGUCGGCAGCCCGCUGGCGCGGCGCGAAGGCGUGGAGAGUUGUGCCUUCUCGACCAGCUCGCAGCUCCUGAAGAAGCUGCUCCCCAUGCGACUAAAGCCGACAUACAGCGGGCCUCGCCAGCGCGUCGUGGUGCUUGGAACCGGAUGGGCUUCUGUGAACUUCUUUCGCAGCCUCGACCCGAAUAUUUACGAUGUGACUGUGGUUUCUCCGCGGAACUACUUCACCUUCACGCCUCUUCUCCCCUCUGUCUGCGCGGGGACUCUCUCUCCGCUCUCCUGCAUUGAGCCGAUCCGUUCCUUGGCCUACCAAGACGGCCGCAAGGUUGCGGAUUUCUACGAGGCUCACUGCACAGAUGUGGACUUUGAAAACCGCAUCGUCGCGUGCGACAGCCGCCAGGGCGGGCACUUCAAGCUUAAGUACGACUACCUCAUCAUCGCUGUCGGCGCCGACUCGAACACAUUCGGCAUCAAAGACGUGGCGUCGCAUGCUUUCUUCCUCAAAGAAGUCGAGCACGCGAUGUUGAUUCGCAAGAAAGUCAUGAACAACUUCGAGCUCGCUGCCCUGCCGCAGACAUCGGAGAAGGAGCGCGACCGUCUUCUGCACUUUGUCGUGGUUGGGGGCGGCCCCACCGGCGUGGAGAGCGCGGCAGAAUUCGCGGACUUCAUCAAAGAGGAUAUGAGCAAGUACUUCCCGCAGCUUAUUCCUCACGUGAGCAUCACCCUGAUCGAAGGAGGCAGCCGCCUGCUGGGCACCUAUCCGCCAGAUAUCUCUGCGUUCGCCGAAAAGACCUUGACCGAGGAACUUCAUGUCAAGCUUCUGCUUCGCAGCACAGUCGUCGGAGUCGAAGCAGACUCGGUGAAAUACGUCUCCAACGAGUCGGGAGCCUCGAAAGAGCCGAAAGAGCUUCUCCACGGCUUUGUCCUCUGGGCCAGCGGCGUGGGUCAAGUGCCCCUGGUGAAGAAGCUGCUUGCGCAGCAGUACCCGCAGGUCGCUGGAAAGCCGCCGCUGCGUGCGCUUCCCGUAGAUCCGCAGCUGCGUUUGCUGGGACAGCCGAACGUGUACGCGCUCGGCGACUGCGCUGCGAUCGCGCCGCCCAAGCUGGCGGACGCUGCGCAGGAGCUUCUCGCCCAAGCAGGAGCCGCUGACACGACGCCCGAGUGGCUGAAACGACAGGUUCCGACCCUGAGUUUGCAAUUCCCUCAAUUGAACCCGCUCAAAUUCGACUUCAGCAAGCUUGAAUCGAACAAGCACCUUUCUUCAGAUGAAUUUAAGGCUUUCCUCGCUGAGGUCGAUGCGUCCUACCGGCCGCCUGCCCCUACAGCUCAGAAUGCAAGGCAAGAGGGCAUCUACCUCGCAAACAUUUUCAACGAGAGGCCGCUGCCUGAGCAGAAGUCUGAGGCACCUGCGUUCCAAGAAAAGUGGAGUGGCUCGCUCGCUUACGUGGGAAGCGGUCAAGCGGUGGCGCAUUUACCGCAGUUCAACAUUAGGGGAGGUUUUCUCUCUCUGCCUCUGUGGAAGGCGGUGUAUACACAGAUGCAGAUCACGUGGAGAAGUCGGACGAUAUGCCUCUUUGAUUGGCUGAAGACUUUCUUUGCUGGCCGAGAUGUCGGGCGGGACCACGAAUACUACCACUAA